AUGAAGGCAGCCGCUUCUUCCGUCUUCCUCGUGCUGGCCUUUGCAGCCAUGGUCGACGAUAACGGCAAUACGUGGCAGUGGGGGUGCGAGAUCAACAGGACCGAUCGGGGCAUCCUUCUGCAGUUCACCGCCGCCGGCUGCCAGCCCGCCGACGGGUACUGCCGAUUCGGCCACGACGAGCUGCUCAAGUAUUGCAACCAAUUCCACGGAAAGUUCGUCGCGCUCCAAGCUGGCUCUUGA